CCCGACGCCGCCGGCUUCUACGUGUACGACCUGGGCAGCACCCAUGGCACCUUCCUCAACAAGACGCGGGUGCCGCCCCGCACCUACUGCCGGGUGCGGGUGGGCCACGGGCUCCGCUUCGGCGGCAGCUCCCGCCUCUUCCUCCUGCAGGGACCCAAAGAGGACCAGGAGUCUGAGUCGGAACUAACUGUGACUCAACUGAAGGCACUGCGUAAGCAGCAGCAAGCAAAAUUAGAAAAGACAAUGUUGGGAGAGGACUCAGAUGAGGAAGAUGAAAAAGAGGAGAGAAGCGAGAAGAGUCAGAACACUGAUAUGAGCUGCUCAUGGGGAAUGGGGGAGGAUGCUGAGGAGGAUGAGGUUGAAGAAAACCCUAUUGCUAUUGAUUUUCAGGAUGUACAAGAUGCCUUCUAUAUGAAAGAUCCUAGGAAGGCCUUACAGGGCUUUUUUGACAGAGAAGGAGAAGAGUUAGAAUAUGAAUAUGAUGAUCGUGGGCACAACAGCUGGUUAUGCAGGAUCAAGUUGCCUGUGGAUGAUGCAUCAGGGAAGCAGUUGGUGGCAGAGAUUCUACAUUCAGGAAAGAAGAAGGAAGCAAUGAUACAGUGCGCACUGGAAGCUUGCAGGCUACUCGAUGCUCGGGGAGUACUGAGGCAAGAAGCAGUAUCGCGAAAAAGGAAAUCAAAAAACUGGGAAGAUGAGGAUUUUUAUGACAGUGAUGAUGACACCUUCCUUGACCGAACUGGUGCUGUAGAAAAGAAACGACUGAACAGAAUGAAAAAGGCUGGUAAAAUAGAAGAAAAACCAGAGACUUAUGACUCCCUGGUCACAAAGCUAAAUGAAGCUGAAAAUGAGCUUUCUGAGAUAACAGAGAAGCUGAAGUCUUCAGGGAAAGUCCCAUCCCAGCCAGCAGCUCAAGAUUCCUUGGAUGAAUUCAUGACUGAAAUGAAAUCAGGAAGUACUUUAGACAGUGUGGCACGAAAGAAGCUUCACUUGCGGUCCUUUGAACUGAAGAAAGAACAACAGAGACUGAAGGGGUUAAUAAAGCUUGUCAAGCCUGCAGAACUGCCUGAGCUGAAGCCCCAGAGUGGGAGUUACAGUCUGGAAGCAGAGAGCAAGCCUAAAAAGAUUACCCUGCCUCUCUUUGGUGCAAUGAAAGGGGGGAGCAAAUUCAAGCUGAAAACUGGGAGCCUAGGGAAGUUGCCUGUUAAGCGUCCAGACAUCCCUGAAAGCUUGUUAAAAAUGAAAGAUGAUGGACCAGAGGAGGAGGAGGAAGAAGAAGAAGAGGAAGAAAUGGAGGAGGAGCAAGUAGUAGAUGCAAUAAACAGCAGACCAUCAAACCUGGAAAUGGAAAUUACAACACAGGAAGAAACAGGAAAAGAAUCUAAUGCUCUUGAUGAUUCUCCUUGCAAUAACAGGAAUCUGGAAUACCUUCAGGAUGGGAUUCAUUUUCUGCCAGAGCCAAAGGUAUUGAGGAAUAAAUCUCAGAUGGGACCCUCACAAGAGAAAUCUCAAGCAUCUGAGGCAGUAUAUAAGGAACCUGAAGAGACAUCUGAGAACGUUAAGAAAAUCAAUAGCUCAAGCAAGGUCCAACAACCUUUUUUCUCCUCACAGUAUCCAGAUGACGACCCAGACUACUGCAUAUGGAUUCCUCCUGCAGGUCAAAGUGGUGAUGGCAAGACUCAUCUCAAUGAAAAAUACGGCUACUGAACUUCAGACACCCCAGAGUACGUUUGAAGGACUGCUCUAUUUUGAAAGGAGUCUUUCACCACACAUUAAGUGAGGGCCUUAACUUAAAGAGUUGAUUUUUCAAACACUGUUCCAAAUUCAAGGGCAUCAGCAGCCACUCUGGAUGUUAGCUCUCCCUUUGUGUUCUCUGUCUGUCUUCCAGAUACUUUUUUUAAAAGGAAAAGCCCACACAUUCUUCUGCUGCUUCUUCUACUUUUAGCCUUGUCUGUUUUAUCUGGCUUGAAACUGUAAGUUCAAUUUUCCUUUUGUAAAUAAAAAUAUACAAAAAGUGUUUAAAAAAAAAAAACCCACAACCUCUGUAUACUUACAGACUUGAUAAAAUUUAUUCAUGUUGGUUUUAUGCAAUUAAAAUGAGAAACA